AUGGAGGAGCUCCGAGACGACCUCGAGAGGACCCUCACCUCCAUUUCGCCGAUCAAAGAAGGCACGAGCGAGAGCAUCCUCGACCGGACUCUCCGCUCCGACAACAGCGGCGAGCUUUUCUUCAAGGAGCUGGCCUCUCUAGAGGCCAAGGACAGAACCAAAGUCGCGGGAGUCGCCCCGGGGGGCUGUGUCAGUCAAUAUCCCAUCGGCGAGAUAUUCGAGAACCUGUAUCGGGAGACCCAUGGACUACCUCCGCGAAAACAGAACCACGCUUAUGUUCAGGACGACGGCGAUGAAGGCAACUCCCGACCCGAAGAGCACCACGGAGUCCCGGAGGUGGAGUCAUCAGCACCGCCAGCUGUAGCGGUAAGGGACGAGGGGGGUAGGGGGAGCCGACACCACGAUGGCGGCGGUGAAGGCUACUGCGAGCUAGCGGCCGACCCUGACGUGGUGCGACUGCUGGCUCAGCUUCAGGCCGGACUAGUCGACGAUCCCAACUGCUGCAGCGACGGCUCGGACACCGAGGUCGGGGGGGAGGGCAAGGGCAGGGCGAAGGAAGACGAGGACGAUGACGACAACGACGGCAAGAAAAGGGAGACCGACGAAGGAGACCGAGGGGCGGAUCAAGGAGGGCAAGAAGAGGCUGCGGGGGACGAGACUAACGACGGCACAAACGGCCCGCGACUCGCGAGUGAAGAGCAACACCCAGCGGGGGGGGGUUCAGCGGCGGCGGCGGCAGGAAAAAAGCGAGCAUCGUCUCCCCAUGGGGGGGAGCACCACAACCCGAAGGUGGUGAGGCGGGUGGACAUAAGCAGGAUGAAGAUAGACGGCAUCGACCCUCAGGCAAGGCCGCGUUCGGCCCCAUCGGCGUGCUUGUCGGCAGGGGGAUUCUCGAGGCUAUCGUCCAGGGCAUCCAGCAGCUCGCGUCUGGCUCGCACGAUGAGCCAGAGGCUGAUGGAAGCCACGAGAGAGGUUGAGGGGCAACGGGCGCCGGAGGCACAGGGAGGCGGAGUGGAUUGCGGGCGGGGGGCUGGGCGGGGGGAAGCAGCCGGGAGGCUCCGGCCUAGCACCUCGGCAUCGCGAAUCGCGCUGGCGGAGGAGAGGAUAGAUGUUGUAAAGCAAAAUGCCGAGGCGCUGCAGGCGAGCAUGUCGGUGAAGCGGACGAGGUACCUCAACUCCCGCAAGCCCCGCGCCGCGAGGUGGUCUCCCCGCGACCGCGAUCUCCCUGUUGGUUCAAGAGGACAACCCUCCGGAACUCGAGCCGCGUCGCGCUCGGGGGCACCUCCGCCGUCGGCCGUGAGAGAGCGACCAAAGACUGCCGUCGCGAAGAACCGUCGACACUGCCCGCAUAACAGCCGUGGCCACGCCGGUAACACCAACAACGGCAACCCGUUGCUCAACCGUCGAGAAACGGAGUUUCUGUUUGGGGCUGGGACGGCACCCGAAGUGGCGGCGGCGGCGGUGGCGGCGACGGCGGCUGAAGACGAUGACGACGACGACUCUCGGCGAGCGCCUUCGCUGCGAAAGACAACGCUCGGUCGGAUGCUGCGGCGUUCUUCGGCUUCGUCGUUCUCACCGAGCAACGGAGGCGACGUCCGCCGGCGCAACGUUCGACCCGAGUUAUCAGAAUGCAACAGCAGCAGCGCUUCUUCCCUUUAUCGCCGCCCGUUGUCCGCCGGUAUCGCCUGCAGCGGCUCCUUGUUCUUGGAAGACGGCCAGCGAAGGGCGGGGAGAGGCACCGCGCAAGCGAUUGACCAUGGCACUUCUUGCGCCAAGCAUACGCUGGGUGCAGUGCCUCGCGCCGGGAAGCACGCGGCGGUGGCACAGGCAGCAGCAACGAGGGUGAGAAGAAGGCCCUCGAGCGCUGCGCCUGGGAACGGGUGCUCUCGACGAAGGGACCGGCCGUCGUCGCCGUCACAGACAUCCUCCCACCACUACGGUAGACACCAACAGACCGCGGGCGGCGGUCGAACCCGAACCCGCAAAGGCAGCCCCUCUUCCCGAAAAAACGACGGAGGCGGUGGUCAGGGUCCGGCGGCGAGAUCGUCGUUGGCACAAACGCGCGGAGAUCACCACGAGGCGGCGGCGGUGGCGUCGCACGGUUGGGGGGACCAAGGCGUCGGCGCGACGCCGGCCGCGGGGGAACGGGCGGGGCGAGAACCCACCGCGAUGAUGAACGCGCGCCAGGCCCUCGAGGCGACCAUCAGGGAGGCCGUCGACACCGUCUCUCCUGUCGAGCAGUUCGUGAACGCGAGAAAGACCAUUACGGACAUGAAGCAGAUCAACACUCAGGAUACCACCGGCGACAUCCUCCUGUCCACCCAGUAA